AUGGGGGGCUUCCGAUGGCUUCGCCGCCAGAGGUUCGAGGGCCUGGUGAGAGGUUACCUGGCCCAUGGCUGCAUGAAGGAGGCAGAAGAAACCUUGGAGCAACUUCAGGGCAGUUGUGGCUCCGUGAAGGCGCACAGUGUGCUGGGGCGACUCCAAGCGCUGAGGCAGCAGAGGCUCCAGCGCUGGCGGGGCGAGUGGCACCACAGCUGGGCAAGGCGGCUGCAGCUGGCAGAGCUGCUCAGCGAGACGCUGGGGCGCGUGGAGGAGCGUUCGGGGCUGUUCCUGAUCCAGCCUGUGUUGCCAUGGCCUGGCCGGCCGACUGCACUAACCCCUCCUGGAAGGAGCGACGCUCAGCCCCAACCCACUCCCAAGAUGCUGGUGCCAGCGCUGAUGGGACAGGAAGUGAGCAGCCCCCUGGCCACGCGGGGUCUCCGGCUGCGCACCCCAAGGGAGGCAGGGCCCCACAAGCUGUGGAGCUUCCCACCAUUGGGGGGCAGCAGGGCCUGGCCAGACCAGGACCUGGUGCUGCCAAGCCCACUGGUGAUCACCCCACGACUACUGGAGAUGGACCUCAAUGGCUACCUGCUGCAAGAGCACCAGCAGGAGGAGCCAGCCCGGCCCAGGCCCAGCCAGUCCCAGAACGAGGCCCUUCGCAGCCUCACUGAGGAGUUUCCUUCCUGUCCGACGUGGCAUGGCCCUGAUAGGCCCCAGCCACUCGGAGAGGCCGUGAGCGCCCAGCUGUGA